AUGAAGAACCUAUCUGACAAAGACUCAGAGGUCCGUAGAGACCUCGUCACCGCAACAGCCGCUAUCGCCGGCAUGGCAACAAUCACCUUCGGGAUCGUCGCGAACUUACCUGUCGCCAUUGCCCCCGGAAUGGGCCUCAACGCAUACUUCACAUUCCAAGUCGUCGGUGCAAAUGGCAGUGGCAUUGUUCCCUAUCGGACUGCCUUGACUGCCAUAUUCAUGGAGGGAAUCAUCUUCAUCAUCCUUGCACUUACCGGAAUGCGGCAGUGGCUCGUGAAGCUCAUUCCAUCGACUCUCAAGACUGCGACUGGCGUCGGUAUCGGUUUGUUCUUGACAGAGAUUGGCCUAUCCUAUUCAGCAGGAAUCGGAGCCAUCACGGGCGGUUGGAUCUCGACUCCGCUUACACUUGGCGGAUGCCCUAUGGAGCUCAUCAACUACAAGACGGGCAUGUGUGAAAGCGGCAAGAUGUCCAAUCCAACGGUGGGUCGAAAACCCGGUCUUCCUUCUUCACAUUUGCUUCUCCAGCGACUGACAUCGGAGCAGCUUUGGGUGGGAAUCUUCUGCGGAGGCAUGGUCGCGGCCGUCCUGAUGGCAUUCCGCAUCAACUAUAGCCUCAUCAUCGGAAUGUCUCUCGUCUCUAUUCUCUCAUGGCCGCGUAACACAUCCAUCACAUACUUCCCUGACAAUGACGACGGCAACUCUCGCUUCGAGUUCUUCAAACAGGUCGUCGUGUGGCAGCCGAUGACCAGGACUCUCAACCAGCUCGAUUGGACCUUUGAAGGAGUUAACACCUCGCAAUUCAUCCUCGCCCUGUUCACCUUCCUCUACGUCGACAUCAUCGAUGCCACCGCCACUCUAUACUCCAUGGUCCGCUUCUGCGGCGUCGUUGACGAGAAGACCGACGACUUCCCAAGGUCAACUCUGGCCUAUUGCACCGACGCCGCCUUCAUCUCCAUCGGCGCACUGCUGGGCUCUUCGCCCAGCACAGUGUUCAUGGAGAGUAGCUCCGGCAUCUCAGAAGGAGGACGCACCGGUCUGGCAGCCAUCGUCACCGGGCUAUGCUUCAUCAUAUCCAUCUUCUUCGCGCCCAUCUUCGCAUCUGUCCCUCCCUGGGCCACGGGUUGCACACUCAUCUUGGUUGGAUGCAUGAUGUGUCGACAAAUCGUAGCUAUAAAUUGGCGCUAUAUCGGCGACAUCGUUCCAUCCUUCGUUGUCCUGACCUUCAUCCCGUUCAGUUACAGUGUUGCCUACGGCCUCAUCGCCGGUAUCUUCGUCUACACAGUUCUCAACAGCCUCAUUUUCCUCAUCGUGUACCUUUCAGGGAACGAGCUCAAGCCUCGUGAGCACGACAUGAAAGAAUACUGGUCCUGGAAGACCACCGGCAAGGCCCCGUGGUUCCUACGCAUCUACCGCCGCGCCCGCUACGGCGCGGAUUACUGCGAGGAGCAGGAGGCGGACGAGGAGCCCGUCGUCGGUCCCAUCUCCAUGCUCGAGUCCACGGGUGAAUCCUCGUCCAAGGAUGACGGCAGCCAUCAUCAUGGCGUCGCGCGGCCCGCGAAGGUCCACUCCUCGCCGCCCAUCGGUAGCAGAGAGAUGUUUUGA